AUGAUGUAGUUCUUUUUCUUUUUCUUUUUCCUUUUCCUCUUUCUCUUAUUUUUUUUGUUUUGAGGGACAUCUAGUUACAAGUUACAAUAAAUAAUAGACGAGGAUUUUUAACAUCGUUAAUUCUUUUUUCUUCUUCCUCUGAAACUCGCAGGCAGCUUAUCACAAGUACCGCACCGGAAUGGAUAAUACCGGUCUUUAGUUUUCCUUGGAAGACAUAGCUAAAUUUUGUGAGGGCUGAAGGCAUGGAUAUCUUCAGAUCUUGUGCUCGUAGACGAGUCAUGAUUAUGCAGGGAAUCCUCGAGAUGGUAUACCGCCAGUUGAGGGUGUUGCUGGAGGAGGGACAUCAUAUGGGUGGACUGAUGGAGGUUUACAUGGUUUAAAUCUGCCGAAGGGAUCAAUUGACCCUUCGGAGGUUUCAACUGCAAAUUUAGUGCAUGUCUGGUGCAUGCCAAGCACUGCAAAUGUUGGACCACAAGAGAUACCUAGACAUUUGGAGCCUGUAAAUCUUCUGGCAGCUAGAAAUGAACGAGAAAGCGUUCAAAUUGCUAUACGCCCAAAAGUUUCUUGGAGCAGUUCUGGCAGCGCAGGUGCUGUGCAUGUUCAAUGCACUGACUUAUCUUCCACAUCUGGUGAUCGGUUGGUUGCUGGACAAUCAAUAACAUUGAGGAAAGUUGUCACCAUACUUGGUGUCCCAGAUGCACUUGUGCCUUUGGAUCAUCCAGUUAGUCGGAUAAGCCUAGUACCUGGAGAAACAACUGCAAUUUGGGUUUCCAUAGACAUUCCAAGUGCACAGCCUCCAGGUCAAUAUGAAGGAGAUUUCAUCAUUACUGCUACAAAAACGGAGGCGGAAUAUCAAUCACACUGCUUCAACAAAGCUGAAAAGCACAGACUAUAUAUGGAACUAAGGAAUUGUCUUGACAUUGUGGAGCCUAUAGAAGGAAAACCAUUGAAUGAAGUGGUAGAAAGAGUGAAAUCUGCAAGUACAUCUUUAAGAAGAGUUCUUCUGUCUCCAUCAUUUUCAGAGUUCUUUUCAGAUAAUGGGUCAGUUGAUAUGAUGGAUGAAGAUGCUAUUUCAAAUCUCUCAGUUCGCGUAAAGUUAAGUUUGACUGUAUGGGACUUCAUACUUCCAGUAACUCCAUCAUUCCCUGCUGUAUUUGGUAUAUCAGAUACAGUAAUUGAGGAUCGUUUUGGUGUUCAACAUGGAACUGAUGAAUGGUAUGAAGCAUUGGAACAGCAUUUCAAGUGGCUUCUUCAGUAUAGAAUCAGCCCAUAUUUUUGCAGAUGGGGAACCAGCAUGCGUGUUUUUGGGUACACCUGCCCAUGGCCAGCUGAUCAUCCGAAAUCAGAUGAAUAUUUGUCAGACCCAAGACUAGCAGCAUAUGCUGUACCUUACAAUCGAGCAGUCUCCGGUAAUGAUGCUGGGAAGGAUUACUUGCAGAAAGAGAUUGAGAUGCUGAGGACAAAGCCCCACUGGAAGAAAGCCUAUUUUUACUUGUGGGAUGAGCCCCUGAAUUUGGAGCAUUAUGAUUCGCUGCGCAACAUGGCUGGUGAGAUCCAUGGUUAUGCUCCCGAUGCUCGUAUUUUAACUACUUAUUAUUGUGGACCAAAUGAUGCCCCACUUGCACCUACCCCUUUUGAGGCUUUUGUAAAAGUUCCCAAGUUCAUGCGCCCCCACAUUCAAAUUUAUUGUGCAAGUGAGUGGGUGCUUGGUAAUCGAGACGAUCUGGUCAAGGAUAUUAUCUCUGAAUUGCAGCCAGAGAAUGGCGAGGAAUGGUGGACAUAUGUGUGUCUGGGACCCUCUGAUCCUCAUCCAAAUUGGCAUCUGGGGAUGCGAGGUACCCAGCACCGUGCUGUAAUGUGGCGUGUAUGGAAAGAAGGUGGCACAGGGUUUUUAUACUGGGGUGCCAACUGCUAUGAGAAAGCUACAGUUCCUAGCGCAGAGAUUAGGUUUCGGCGGGGUCUACCCCCUGGUGAUGGGGUUUUGUACUAUCCUGGUGAGGUGUUCUCAUCUUCGCAUAAACCAGUUGCUUCACUAAGACUAGAACGCCUGCUCAGUGGCUUGCAGGACAUCGAGUACCUGAAGUUGUAUGCUUCAAGACAUGGAAGAGAUGAAGGGGUUGCUUUAUUGGAGAAGACAGGUGUUUAUGUUGGUCCAGAGCGGUACACAUUAGAGCACAUGCCAAUUGAUGUGAUGCGGGGUGAAAUUUACAACACAUGCAGACCAUGAAUAGUUACCUUCCCAUUAAGUUCACUUAAUCUUGUAGUUAAAUGUUAAUUCAUAGAAACUUUUGUGUUCUAAAAGAUGGAAUAGUUGCGCAAGCUGUUUUCAACUUUCGACACGUAGUCAGGGUCCUCCUGUUGACGUAGUGCUUUAGUGGGGUUGCUCAGGCAAAAGUAAUGAGAAAAUGAUGGGACAUACUGAGAAUCAUUGCUUCUCACUGAUCUAAAGAUUCAUCCUGGCAAGCAUUCUCAUAAGCUUCUGGAAUUGCCCUUUCCAUGUCGUCAGGAGACAUCAAAUUCCCACUUGAAUCGCCUCAUUCUGCAUAGUGUUUUUGUACUCUUGCUUAAAACUCUGAAAGCAUAUUGGUUGCUAUACGAGUUCCUGGCACGCCUGAGGAAAAACUAGUGAAUCAAAUUCAUGGGUUCGCUAGGGGAAAGGUAAAAGAACUGUCUAUUUCAUGUAAAUAAAUCAAACCUGCAUUUCCAGCGGUUUUAUGUUUGUUUUUGAAUGUGCAGUUGAUAGUAACUUCUCUUUC